UUCAUUUCCUCUCCUGCCAUAUACAUGAUAAAAGAAUGAGUAUUUACGAUUUCCCAUUAAACCUGAAAGCAUUUUUAUGUGCUGAGAAAUGUAACGGCUGACAUAUGUCAAUUUAAUUUACAUUCGAUCGAAGAGGAGAUAAGAGUUUUACCGAGUUUUUGACAUCAUAUUUUUGAGUUUCAAUCAUGGAAAUUGCUCAGAAUUUUAUGGGCCCUGGUGCAAAAGCUACCAUGCAGAGGAUCAACGAAAAUGGGAAUGUAGUCGGGACUAUCAUAGUUAACAUGGAAGGCUUCCCGGAGACCACAACCCUGGACAGCUUGACAGCAGCCACGUACUCCACACAUAUGAGAAAUCUUUCUCAUCAUUCUAGCAAUAUGUUGAAAGAGAUUGAUGUGACAGACGACCUGAUGGUGGUGCGACUGGUGUCCAGAAAGACCGAGGCUGUGGUGGUACCCGACGCUGAGUUCCAUCUGAUAGUCGUCAUGAGGCGAACGUGAACUAUUUGGUAGUUUGCUAUUGAUAGAUUUGUUUGAUUGCUUUAUUGAUGAAUUGUUGAUUAUGAUUGGAUUAAAUUGAGAGACAACAUUUGAAUAAGUCUGUAA